ACUCGCGUGUGCAAGGAGCAACUUUCGCGCGUGUCGGUUUUCGAAGCACUUGCAGUUCAGAAUCAUAUUGUGUUUAUUUUUUUUACAGUGCUCUUUCACCGUCUCUCUGCUGGUGAGUGUAUGUGUGCGCGUAACAGGGCGUCCUUGUGCCUUGCCUCAUCGUCGCCACCAUCGCCGCCACCGCCGCCGACGUUUCUAUCGAAUUUUGUGCGGUUCGUUGUUUUUGAGUGGGUGAUGCUGCCGCUGGAACACGAUUCUAGCCGCCCAUCGCCGUCGCCGUCUUCGAUGUUGACUACUCAAGACGUGAUGUGACUGAUAUCGUAGGGUGGAUUUUUGACAGAUUUUGCACAUACCCGGUCGUGUUUGUGGUGGUGCGCCCCAUUGCCGCACAGCACACCGGUGCACAUGCGUGCACAUUGAUCGGUCGGGAUGUUUCAGCGCGAGUGUUCGUGAAUAAAGGAUUCCUUCGUCCGUUCUGAGCGGAGUGUGAGAUGAAGGAAAAAGAAAUUCAAUUACAACAAAGUGGAUUUUCGAUGUAGGUACGUCGAAUUUGGAGAGGAAGCAAAUUACUGCCAGCGAACGGCAAGUGGAAGUUUGAUUGGAAUUAGAUUCUGUUUAUCCCGGGAUCGGGAAAGUGUGAAGGAAAAUUUCGUGUCUGGUCUGGUCGAAAACACGGCAGACACACAAACACUGGCAAACGGUGCGGAGGAUUAUGUGUAUUUUUUUUUUAUUCGCCCUGUCAGAAGAAAAUAAUCAAUAACUCGGAUGUUUUGGUCGGCUUUGUGUGCCAAAAAGGGCAACGCAGCGCGAUAGGAAGGAAGGCUGUGCUUUUCUUUUUCUGACAACAGCCUCCAACUAAAGGUCCAUUUGUUUAACAGUGUACUUCGAUUGGAGUGCUUCGAUCAGCGCCAACUGCAGGCAAAAAUAUGCAAUGAUCGACAUGUGCCGGGAGUUAAAUUGCGAGUAGAAAAGAAAAAUAGUGCCGGAAAAGGGCCCAUUACCGGAGCGGAGAGCCAAUCAGUUGAAUAAUCGAGUGUGCAUAUGUUCAUAUUUUUCGGGCCGCUUUGAGCAGAAGAAAGGUUUUCGGAAAAAUUGCCCCCUUCGCUAACGAGAGUGAAAUUUUGGUUUUAUUUAUUUUUUUACGUCAGCCAAGAGUUACGCCAGAGAUGCGCGAAACGAGUGCUAUUAAAAGGUGAAUUGAUUGGCCAUUUCGGUACCCCCCUCGCUCGGGUCUGUACGGCCAAGCGAUCAGGCAAGCGAGUUGCUGAAAAAAAAAGUAUAUGAUCGAGUGAGAUGAUUUAUGGUGAAUUUUGUUUGGGAGCUUAAUUAAAUCUCAGGAAACAAGUGUGAAACAAAUUCGAGAGAAAACGAAGCGUUCAACCGCUCAGUACAGUUGGAAGUCAUCGAAGAACAAGUGAACAGUUUUUGACAGCGCACGACAACAAUUGGAUUACAUUUACCGUUACUGCUAUAUUGGGCUGCGGUCUUUUGAAACUGGUAACGAUCGGAACUGGUUCUUCCACCGAAUUCGAACGCCAAACAACGAGAAAACGGUGCACCGAGGAAUAGCAACCAGCAAGCAACAACAAACAAUCAAACAGACGGACCGAAAUCGGGCAAUGGAAUAAACCGGCGAGAAUCGGUGCGCAGAAUAGGCACGCCCCCGCACCGUCGCCGUGGUCGCCGUGAUCCACCCCGUAAGUGCGUGGGUGCGUGAAAAGUGUGAUUUGCUCUGGAAUUAAUCGAAAUCUCCGAGUCUGAAGAAGCAAGAAGAGGAAAGUGGAAAACCAGAAAAAGGUUGUGGAAUAUAAAAUUUAGUCAAAAUUAGGCAGUGACGACGAUGGAUACGAUGACCUUCGACGACGAACCGCCGCCCGAACCGAGGGACGGCUGGCUGCUGGUGCGAAUCUUCGUCCCGGAGCUGAACGUCUACAAGUGUUUGCAGUUCCCCUCGGAUAAGGUCGUGUGGGACGUCAAACAGCAGUGUCUGGCUUCGCUGCCAAAGGUUGCCUUCUGGUUCAGGGAAUUGAAGGAAAGCUUCAACUACGGCCUGUUUUGUCCGCCGUCCAAUGGCAAAGCGGGAAAGUUUCUGGACGAGGAACGAAGACUGGGUGACUACCCGUUCAACGGGCCCGUUGGCUACCUGGAGCUCAAAUACAAACGCCGGGUGUACAAGAUGCUGAACCUGGACGAGCGGCAGCUGAAGGCCCUGCAUACCCGGGCCAAUCUGCGGCGCUUCCUGGAGUGCAUCAACGGGGGUCACGUGGAGAAGGUUGCCAAGAUGUGUGCCAAAGGACUCGAUCCGAACUUCCACUGUCAGGAAACGGGCGAAACGCCCCUGACGAUCGCCACCGGAACGAAGAAGCCCAACAAGCUGCUAAUUGCCCUGGUCAACGGUGGGGCCCUGCUCGACUACCGGACGCGGGACGGAGCCACCGCGCUGCACCGGGCCGUCGAGCGGGACAGUCUCGAGGCGGUGAGCACCCUCCUGGAGCUGGGCGCGUCGCCAAACUACCGGGACACCAAGGGUCUCACCCCGGGCUACCUCUCGGUGACGCGCAAGACCGAUCCGAAAAUCUGCGAAAUUCUCCUACACGACCACGCCAUCCUCGGAAUCCAAGACAGCCAGGGCUGGCAGGAAGUGCACCAGGUCGCCGUAAUUGCCGGCAAUUUGGAACUGGCCGAGAUGAUACAAAACUACAAGUGCGAAGAUAUCGUCCCGUUCCGUGGUCCCCCUCGGUACAACCCGCGGCGCCGUUCCGGGCUGGGCUGGGGUUCGACGCUGUCCCGCAUCUACGGUGGUCCACCGUCGCCCUGUCCGUCCGAGCAUCACCCGUUCAGUUCGGCCAGUUCGAGCCUCUCGGAGGGAUCGUCCAGCCACCGGAGCCACGAGGAUGACAUUAGCAUCGUGACAGACAAGAGUCUCGGCGACACGAGCGACAUCAUCAGCGAUUCGUCCGGCGUCGGUACCAAUUCCGAUUCCGCUGCCUGCUCGAUCGGGCACCCCAGCACGACCGUGGUCUGCAUGGAGGGCUACGACGGUGGCCUGUCCGGGCACAUCCAGAUCCAGCCGGGCGAUGUGAUAGAAGUGGUCGGAUCGACGGACUGCGGCCUGCUGGAGGGUUUCGUGCGCGGAACCAACAAGACCGGCUUCUUCCCGGCCCAUUGCGUCCAGGAGGUUCAGUUCCGGCAGAAGAGUAUUAUCAACGUGUCGACUUCGACGCCGCAUCAUCUGUACGUGAUCAACACCAGCAGUAACGAGAUUCUGGAACAGCAGCAGCAGCAGCAGCUGCUGCAGCAACACCCGGGACAGCAACAGCAGCAACAGUACAACAGCCAGACGGCACCGAGGAUGAAGAAAGCUGUAACCGGUGAACCCCGGGCGGUGGUUCUGCAUCGAGCGAAACGCGGUUUCGGAUUCAUCCUGCGUGGCGCCAAAGCUUCUUCCCCGCUGAUGCAGCUCAAGCCGUCGCCGCGAUGUCCGGCUCUGCAGUAUCUGGACGACGUGGACCCGGGCGGUGUGGCCGAUAUGGCCGGACUGAAGCCGGGUGAUUUCUUGCUUGCCAUUAACAACGAAGACGUCACGUGUGCUUCGCACGAGCACGUGGUCGAUCUGAUUCGCAAUUCGGGUUCGCUCGUAUCGAUGAUGGUGGUCACGCUUCCGCAUAACCUGGUCAAUUCGAUGUUGGAAAAUGUGAUCGCUGCCGGUUCCAGUUCCGUCGGCGAUGGAAGUCAACAUUCCGGUUCCGGUAUGAGUACUCCGGUAUCGUCGUCACGCCAAUGUUCGACGCUGCCACGACGGAUGAACGGAGGACCGGCCAGUUUGGCCGGUUGUAAGCUACCUGCCCCGAUGCCACCACGAAGAGAUCCAAAGACAACACUUAGCGUAGGACGAGCACGUGCCAAAUCGAUGGUCGCCGGGUUGGAAGGCGGUGGUGAGAAGGACGACGAGGAUACUCCUCACCAGGCCAAGUCCACCUCGGUGGAGUCGAUCCAUCAGCACUCGCAAUCGGCCAUCAGUACACCGACGCAAGGGGGACCGGGAACUCCGGUGCAGCCGAGAACGGCGAGUAUCAAGUCGCGGCCCACCUCUAGUCGAAUUACGGCUGCCGAGUUGGAAGAACUCUUCCAAAGACAGCAAGGAGUCGACGCGAAUCGAUGCUCGAUGCUGAUGACCAGCUCUCGGUUCCAGUCCGGAUUUGACAGUGGCGCCGCGACGCCUCCCACCUCUCCCCAGAAGGGACCAAUCGUGUACGCCAGUGUGGCGGAAAUGAAGCGCAAAAAGUCAUCCAAGAUCGGUACACUCAAGGGCCGCCCCAUUCCGAUUCCGCAGGUCGGGUCCGAUCUGAAGCGUACCUUCCACAGUACACCCGAUCUGGCCUCGAGCGGAACGGCUUCGGCCACCGGCAGUGCCGGAACGUUGACGCCCUCGGCCAGCUGGUUCAACACCGUCGGCCACAAGGGACACCGAUCUCAAGACGAUAUGCACAGCAUACACAUGUCGAUGCAAAGACUGAAUCUCCCACCACCAAAUCACCCGCCGCCUCCGCCCCCGAUCGGCCAGGUCGUCAAGGUGGACAUCUCGCGGGGCUCCGAGUACGAGUGUCUCACCGCACUGCAGAAGCACAUCCAGCAGAAGGCCAAACAGCGUUCGAAGAUUCAGGAGGCGGAAAUCAUGUCCAGCUUCAAGCCGGCUUCCAAUGCGAAGUUGUACGCUUCGCCGCAGGACAUCCGGAACGUGGGCUACCGGACGACGAGCGUGGCUUCCAGCAGUAGCGGCAAUAGCAGCAGCGGCAAUAGCAGUACCAGCACCGAGAUCCGCAAAACUUCAUCAAUCCGGUCGAACUCGAGCACGGGCAGUGCAAUCAACGUGACCACCGUUACCAUCGGAGGCGGAGGAGGAGGAGGCGGCGGCGGUGGCGUCGUCGGCGGAGGAGGAGUUGCCGAUGGAGGCCUUGGUGGAGGCAGCAAUCCGUAUGCGCAACCUGGUCGACCUGCGGCUAUGCAGCAGACGGCACAACCUCAGCAUCAUCAUCAGCAACAGCAACAGCAGCAGCAGCAGCAGCAGCAGUACAAAUCUUCCGGGCCUCCGCUGCCGGAUCCGGACUACAGCCUGAGCGAAUCGGACGCCGAAGAGGACAACUCGGUCCGGUUGGUCAGGAGCAAUCUCAAAAAGGUCAACGGUGGCCCAGCAGCGGCGGAGCUGAACGGAUCGAGUAAGGUUUCCAUUGGCGGCGGGGCCGCAACCAUUAACCCCGGCAUGGCUGCCGAAACCAGCGGAAACAGUAAUACAAGUGGUAGCAGUUCCGGUUCCAGCUCGAUCCCGCACUCCUUCUCGGUGGACGAAAUCCAGAAGAUCCGCACCAAGCUGAAGUCAUCCAAAUCCUACCCGAAUGACUUCCUGCGGCAGCAGAACCAGCAAGCUGGGGGUGGCGGCAAUCAGGCCAACGAAGACAACGGCGAUAACAGCUCAUCCGGAGUGAGCAGCGAUCAGGAAGUCACAGUGACAUGCAAUGACGUUCCGGCUGCCAAGGCUUCGGCGCCCACGAUCGAUCCGAAGAAGGUCGGAUCACUGCUGGAGCAGAAAAAGAUCGCCGUCAUGAUCACGGCGAAGGUUCCGGCCGUCCGUAGUGACGAUGACGACGAUGAUCAGAGUCCCAGUCCGCCAGCCACAGGUUUCCAGCGGCACAAUUCACUCACGCGAAAGCAAGCGGCAACGAUCGCAGCAAACCGUGCGAAAGCCUAUCAGCAAAACAUUCAACAGCGGCACGCCGUUACUUUGGCAACGCUGCCACCGCCGAUCGAAGCCGACUCGGAUGAAGCCGAUUCCGGUGCCCUGCCCGUGGAUGGCACCGAUGGGGUUGGGGUGGCGAUGGUGCUUCCUCCACCGGCUGAAUUUUGCGAUUCGGUCGCUGGAGCACCCCAGCAACCACAUCAUCAACAGCAACAGCAACAUCACCACCACCAUCACCAGCAUCAGCACCAUUCGGCUGCAGGGCUGGUCGGCGGUCACAAUCCCAACUGCAAACGGGUCCGAAUCGUCGGUGCCGUCCCCAAGGUAAAUCGACUAAACAGUCAGUAGAAACCAUGCGCAUCGUAAAUGUUCUAGAUAGAUACUACUCCACACAGCACUCUGUCACACACAUAUACAUAUAUACAAACUGACAAACAUAAAGACAAAAAAAAAACGCAUUUUACGAUCGCAAGAGCAGGCCUAUAUUCAACAUGAAGCUUAUUUCGUCCCGCGACGCAGUAAAAUCGAAAAAUCAAGCAAUUAAGCAACUAUUCUAACCUAGCAAACGAAGGAAAAGAAAACAAAAAUACACGCUCAAACGGUUGCUUAAGAGAUUUUUAUACUAUUCUCAAAUGCGCGUUCGUCGAAUUCGUCUUAAAUGGAUAGAAAUCACAUCAAUACACGUGCAAUACAUCGUCCCAGACACCCAAACACAUUGCUAAACCGACCGAUGAACGAUGAAGAAAAAACGAGUGAGAGCAGGCUCAAAACGAUUCGAAAAACAAGAAAACCGCGCUAAUGUAGAUGACGACGCAAAGACACUCGCCUUCUAGUUGUUUUCAUUAGCACACAUACACACAGUUUAUAGCCAAAUAAUGGAAAACAAAACAAAAAUGAUGAACGAGUUUUAAGAUUCACAUUUUUCCGAGUGCGAAAAAGUCCUUUCAAGUCGUCCGCCUACUUAGUUAGAUCAACCGAUGACGUCUGGCGAACGAUUUGAGAAUUCCUUUUUCAGCUGCGCACUCCUCGAGACUAGCAUAGUACGCCUUGAUUUGUACGUUCUUUUUCCUGUUUGUUUCUUUAAGUUUUCAUCUAAGUGUAAAGUUUGUUUCUCUGUUUUAUUUUUUCGCUCAAGGCAUAUAGGAACUUUCCGCAUCAAUUACGAUUCGUAUAUGUUAACCUAAUUUUUUUUUUUUUGGUUUUUGUACAUUUGAAUAACCUUUAUUGAGCAGAAUCAUUUCGAAACCUUCUGUCUUUAAUUAAUUACAUUAAUUAACAAGUCAACAGAGCAGUAGCUGAGAUAAGAUUCCACGAAUAAUAAAGGAAACAUUCACGGAGAGGAAAGAGAGUCCACACCCAACGGUAAUCUAGAACGGUAGGUUUUAACUCAACACAGAAAAGCAUCCACUAGCGGUAGGUUUGAAGUGUAGCUGUUGUAUAUUUCUUUUUCUUGACCCGAUUUUUUCUUCCGCACGGAAUUGGGAAUUCGUUUUUAAGUCUAGCAACUAUUUCCUAAAAUAUGGAUGAGAUGUAAAGGAGAAAAAGACACCCUUCUUCCGCUGAGUUUCCCCUUCAUCCUUUAACGUUAUAUUUUUAUACCCCUAGCAAAAAAAAGAUACAAACAAAGAGAUGCAAAAACAAAAACAAAACAAAUGCGUAAACAAGUAUAUAUCUCAUAAUUAAACAAAUUCUCCUGUACCCCAACUCAAAACAAGAAUACGGCCAUUUAAAGUAAUUAAACAAAUCGAAGCGAAAGCGGAAUUUUACUAUUAAAUUGAUAAACAAAAAGGAGUAUAAAAGUUACAUAAACACAUACACACACAGACACAUUUAAAGACAUAUUAGAUGCAAGAAGUAAAAACAAAUACAAACGAAUAGAACACGCCAAUCUGUCCGCGCUACCAAGUAAACUAGGAUAAACACGAACAUUUUAAAAACACAACUCAAAUGUCAUUGCAAUGCGAACAUUGAAAUCUCAGCAGUCCACGUUAGUCCAAACGAAAUAAAAAAAAAAUAAAUAGCAGAAAACAUAACCAACAAAUAAUGCAAGAGCAACGCAAACCGCAAUAGCAGCC